GUUGGCGAUCUGGCCUAAGCCAAUAUUUGUUUAUAUAGCGGGCAACACCGCUGUCUUGCUGUCCUACUUCCGGGCAGUUCGACGCUCGUUGCAAUUGUGAAGUUGGACUUCGAAGAUUUUGAACUUUGGCCACUCGGCGUCGGGACCUUCAACCAGCUAGCUACUGACUACAAUACAGCUCAUGGUCGCCGCACAUGCUUCACUCUAGAUGCACAUGUCUGCAGUCUCUCUUCCUCUUGUCUGUCUCUCAAGUGUGUCUGACCAGCAAGGUCAGAUCGAUGAUGUACUGCAUAGCGCGGUAGAAUCCGACCCGCCAAGCAAAUGGACAGCCAACAACCUCAACCUUGAGUCUGCCAGAGCAAAGCAAGUAGCACGUCUACUAGCUCUUGCAACAGAUGAUCAGCAUUCUAGAGUCUCGCUCAAUGCCUUUAACCCAAGUGUCUUGCCCUUGUCGUUCACGGAACUAGCUCAUCAGCCUCGAGCCGGCAUCGCAGCAAGCACAGCCAACAACGAUCCCAUGGAUUCAUCUGACAACCUCUUUAUCUCUCUUGAUACACUGCGCUGUGCCUAACGCAUUCAAGAGGACGAUCUAGACCAAUUUGAACGGCUUGCACACGAUACACGCAUGAUCAAGGCAACAGCACGACCACGACGCGUGUCAAAGGAUGGUUCCAAGCGUACUGAGAUCCAGACUGUUGACUCUAUUCGCAAAGCAGUGUGUCUGUGGCCAUCAAGCGCGGCAAGCAACAC